CCGUCGAAUUUCGUAUUGGAUUUCCCCCGUGUUGCACAUGCACCGAAAGACCGUAAACAGAAUCGUGUUGCGACGAUCACGCGCGCCGACGGAAUGGAAACAUAACUGCACUCGAGACUGUUUUCCUCCGUUGAAAGCACACUAGAAUAAUUGAACAUGGCAGAUGAUGAGGGUACAGAAUGGUUGCAAGAAUUGCUGCACGAUGUCCAGCUUUCACAGUUCUUCACCAGAAUACGGGAUGACUUACAAGUCACCAGACUACACCACUUUGACUAUGUGCAACCUGAAGACCUUGAGAAGAUAGGUCUAGGAAAGCCAGGCAUCAGAAGAUUACUAGAUGCUGUUAAGAAAAAGAGACAUACUCAAUGGAAGAAGAGCUUGAUGACCAAGAUCAGACCUGGCAGUAGCACAAAAACUAACAAGAGAUCCUCCCAACCAGUGGAAGGUUCUUCGGUGCUAACUUGUCUCAUUCAAGACAAAGAUGUGACAUUGUCCAUUAAACUGGGUGAUGGAAGUUUUGGUGUAGUGAGACGUGGAGAGUGGACCUCUCCCUCCGGAAGAACAUUGCCUGUUGCUGUAAAAGUUUUGAAAGCAGAUGCCCUAACUCAGCCAAGUGUUAUAGAAGACUUUGUGUCAGAAGUUCAAGCAAUGCAUACAUUGGAUCAUCAUAAUCUCAUUAGAUUAUAUGGUGUAGUGUUGUCCCAGCCAAUGAUGAUGGUGACAGAACUGGCUCCUCUUGGAGCACUGUUGGACUACCUGAGAAAACAGUGCAGUCGAAUUUCAGUAUUAACCCUGUGCAACUACGCUCUGCAAGUCGCCACCGGGAUGGCGUACUUGGAGGCAAAACGUUUCCUGCACCGUGAUCUGGCUUGCAGAAACGUGCUCCUAAGUUCAGUGGACAAAGUGAAGAUCGGUGACUUUGGCCUGAUGCGGGCCCUGCCCCAGCAGGAGGACUGUUACGUGAUGACGGAACACAAGAAAGUGCCGUUUCCAUGGUGUGCUCCGGAAUCACUAAAAGCUCGUCAGUUUAGUCAUGCGUCAGAUGUUUGGAUGUUUGGCGUAACGUUAUGGGAGAUGCUGACGUUUGGAGAGGAGCCAUGGGUAGGUCUGAACGGAUCAGAGAUCCUAAGAAAGAUCGACAAGGACGGUGAAAGGUUGCACGAACCAGAUGCAACGCCACCAGUUAUGUAUCAACUGAUGCUGCGUUGCUGGGCCAGAGAUCCAUCAGAAAGGCCAACUUUUGCCUCUCUGCGAUCAUCUUUAACAGGCAUGGUCCCAGCUGUGAUGAAAGCCGUGAAUCAUUUUGAAGAAGCUGAAAAAAUGAUCAUAGAACAGGGUGACCAGAUAGUCAUCUUAGAUGGUCGACCAGAGAACUACUGGUGGAAAGGCCAGAACCAGCGAACUUUUCAGAUUGGUCUGUUUCCUCGCUGUUUGGUCGAUCCUAUGAGACGCAAACAGCCAGAGGAUAUCAGCAAACCGCUAGAGAACUCUUUCAUACACACUGGUCACGGUGCACCCUUCGGAAAAAGUUGGGGCAGCCCUAUCUACAUAGACGACGUCUACCUUCGAAACCCCAUGGAACCACCAGACGUUGUAGGCGUUGCGAUAGCCCCAGACAGUCACCUGAAAGACAAAUUCUCCUGUGGCACUCCACGAUCGAGAAAACAGUUCAAUUACACGAAACUGCAAAACGAUAUACGAGCUAGUCCCGUUAAAUCGACGAACACGUCUGCGCCAAGUGGUAGUCAAGAAGGUAGCUUGAUAGAUCUGUCACCGGAGGAAAUGGUGAAUACGAGCGUAGCGCAAUCAGACACUGCCUGUCGGCGGGUAGUGAAUAUUCUUGACGAGCCUAUCGAUGUCAUUGAACGACAAGAACAGACGAAUUGGCAGGUUGAAGACCCUCGAACCUAUGCCAACUUCCCUGGAAACGUUGAUCCAGCUUACUCAGACCCAUUUGACACCUCAUCUGUAUUCAUGAAACUUCCUCAUUCGAGAUAUUACAGCCACGUUCCUUCAGAUGUUGGUAGUCGAUACUUCAAGACACAGACUUACGGAAAUGUUCAAAAUCAGGACGCUGGCAGCAGCACCCAGGAGAGUACAAAUUAUUUUACGCCAGAGUCUGGGUCAGAGGUGAACCACUACUCUAUAAGCCUGAGCAAGGAGAGCAGGAACGACAGCAUUAACUUAAACGUGAACGUAGACACAGAAGAGAGUAACACGUACAGCCAGAACCACUAUAGCGAGAUAGACAAGCCCAGUCCUCCCGUACCCAGCUGGUCCCAGUGGCCAGAGGACUUGCAGAAUGAAUCACAGACGUACGUGAACGUCUCUAGUCGACCUCAAGGAUCUGACGUUCCUCCUCCGCCACCUGUGGCCCCUAACGAGAGCCCUCCAAAGCCAAAAUCUAACCACGACUUGGCUCAAAGUCUGAACGAGCUGACUAUCAAUGCCAGAAACGCGUCACCUAAGAAAUUAGACCCUGCCUUCUUGGCAGAGUUAGAGAAGCACCUAGGAGAGAAAGAGGCGAGCAAGAAUAUGAACGCUAGCCAGCAGAAUCCUGGAACUUCUGAUCCUUACUCAUCAGUGAACAAAUUACAAGACAAUACUAUCCCAACGUUAAGGCCUCCGCCUCAAACAGUGAAACGCAAGUCUCCACAGAUAGACUACAGGUGCACCAAUCUACCUAGCAAAGUACAGAACUCCUGGCAAUCAAAGAGUACUAAUAUUCAACAGCCUCCCCGUGCGCAGCCUGAGCAACAGAGGGUCUCAGAAACGACCACUGAGCAGAUGGUAGGCCAGAUCUGGCAGCAGUCUCAGAUUACACAGCACAGUACCUUUGGCAAUACUCAAUCAAACCUGAAUCUGUUGCAAAUCGCUCCCAGCAACGUAUCAAAACCGACCUUCAACCACGCACAGAACACUCUCCCAAUGACUCCUCAGCCCAGCCAAUUUCAGGCUGCUUCUUUACCUUUACCCAGUAGUCAUGGAAUAACGCAGAUACAGAAUGACCUCCAGCAAGCACAUUCGAGUAGUAGUUCUGCCUCGAAGCCUUCCGGCAUGGUGUUCUCUGAGCAGGUGUACGCUGAGCUGAAGCAGACGGUUCCAAACCUGGAGCAAUUAUCUCAAAAUGAGUUUAAUACUCUGUACAAUAAGACAGUGCAGCAGAACAUUCUGAGAAACUACUAUACAGCUACCACGUCGACUGCUUCAGACUCAGCGAGUAAUCUAAGUCACAGCAGUAACUACAUGGAGGGAGCUGUUGCUGGUUCUCUGCCACGUCCUACUCAACCUGCGAGAAGUCUAUCUGCUCAGGGUCAUCCCUGCGACUUCAGUCCUCACCUGAAGCAGCCACCGGUGUACAAUCCUCCGCCUCAAGCGAACUGGAGCCCCAUGAAGUCUGUACAGAAUGGUCUGACGCAGACUCAGACCACUAUGAAGUCUAAUAUAGCAAGCAGCCCGAAUCUGCUGCAGCUUACGCAAACAAAUCCCCCCCAUGAGGGCGGCGUCGUCACACCGCAACCAUCCUCGACGAGAUGCCUGCCUCCUCAGAUGACCGAAACGGUCGUUAAUACUCAAUUAGCCCCCUCCACGUCCGCCUACCCAUCCGGAGUGAGCCCCCCCUUGACCGCCGCCUCCCAGCAACUGGUCAUGUCCCUUAACGAUGAAUUUCGCGCGAACAAAGUGAUGAAGGUGCAGAGGGAGGCGGGGGACGCGUCGCAACAGGAAAUACUCACUGCACUGCAGGCUACAGGCUGGGACACUAGUCAAGCCGCCAAGCAGAUCCUGAAGGACAGGCAGGCGAAAGUAGAGUCCCUUGUCAGAUUGGGCUUGGCAGACCGACAACGGUGCGAGGGUGCUCUGAAGCAGACUGAAUACGACGUAGAUUUAGCGGCCUCCUUGUUGCUAGACCAGGUCAGAUGAAGACAGACAUAAAGAGUGAAUUGGUCACUGAAGAUAUUGUAAAAUAACGAGUAGCGAUGUAUGAUGCAUUAGGGAUAUGUAUUUAUAAAUUGAUAGCCAUACAACGCGAGGAACGUUGCUACGGAUCGCGAGCAUAAUCGAACAGUGUCUCCUCAACAGUUGCAAAAAAGUUUAAUCCUUUGCCUUGCACAAGGUGAU